ACUAAAGGGUCAGCCCUUUAACUUUUUUAAUUCGUCCAUCUCCUCCCCCUCUCCCAACAUUAUACUCCAACUUGAUGGAAACUGCCAUCAUCCAACCUCUCUACACCCCAUUCUCUAUUUACAAAAUCCUCUCCCUCCAGCCAAUCCGCCCGCCUCCUCCAUGGAAGAUCAAUUAGCCUCCCCAUCCCCGCCGCCACCAUCACCACCGCUCAAAACCUAUACUCUAACGGCAUCCUCCGUCUCUUAUACUAAAUCAACCACCUCAACCACUUCUCUCACGGGCUAUUUCCUUUUCAAGCCUUGCACCUCUACGCCCCCAACUUACAUCCUCCGGGAUGUAUCCUUCACUGCAAAUCCCUCACAAAUCCUAGCUAUUGUUGGCCCGAGCGGAGCCGGAAAGUCCACCCUCCUUGACAUCCUAGCAGCUCGAACGUCAGCAACAAAUGGCAUUCUUUUACUCAAUUCCACUCCUAUCAACCCUUCUUCAUUUCGGAAGCUCUCAGCUUAUGUUCCUCAACAUGACGCAUGCUUGCCAUUGCUGACUGUGGCUGAAACUUUUGCUUUUGCUGCCCGGCUUCUCGUCCCUAAAACAUCUGAUCUCGACACCACCGUGACAUCUCUUCUGUCAGAGCUAAGUCUAACGCACUUGUCUAACACCAAGCUAUCUCAUGGGCUGUCGGGUGGUGAGCGAAGGCGUGUUUCAAUAGGUCUAAGUCUCCUCCAUGACCCUGCUGUAUUACUCCUUGAUGAACCCACUUCAGGCCUUGAUAGUACUUCCGCUUUCAAUGUAAUGCAGAUCCUCAAAUCAAUAGCUGCUUCACGUCACCGCACUGUUGUUUUAUCCAUACAUCAACCAAGCUUCAAGAUUCUUUCCACCAUUGAUAGAAUCCUCUUGCUAUCAAAAGGGACUGUGGUGCACCAUGGUACUCUAUUUUCUCUUGAGGCAUUCUUAAGCUCCAACGGGUUUACCGUCCCGCCUCAGCUCAACGCCCUCGAGUAUGCAAUGGAAAUAUUAAACCAGCUGCAUGCUAACAAACCGAUUACACCUCCAUCACUCCCUCCAUCACCACAAGAAUCUGUUAUAAGCCCCGACUAUAAAGGAGCAAGUGAUGUCAGGUAUAGAAGCUCAAGACUUGAUGAAAUCUGCUCUCUAUAUAACAGGUUUUGGAAGAUUAUAUACAGAACACGGCAGCUUCUUUUAACCAAUGCAUUAGAAGCUCUUAUUGUGGGUCUUGUUUUAGGUACAAUCUACAUUAAUAUUGGUUAUGACAAGGAAGGCAUAGAGAAAAGAUUUGGUCUCUUUGCCUUCACCCUAACCUUCCUUCUCUCCUCUACAACUGAAACCCUGCCAAUCUUCCUUAAUGAAAGGCCAAUUCUGCUGAGGGAAACGUCAAGCGGGGUUUAUAGACUCUCGUCUUACCUCAUAGCCAAUACCCUUGUCUUCUUGCCUUAUUUGCUUGCCAUUGCGGUCAUAUAUUCCAUCUCUGUCUACUUCUUAGUGGGUCUAUGUGCUUCAUGGCAAGCUUUUGCUUACUUCGUUUUGGUCAUUUGGAUCAUCGUUCUAAUGGCAAAUUCAUUUGUCCUCUUCUUAAGUUCUCUUGCGCCAAAUUAUAUAGCCGGAACUUCACUUGUAACAAUACUUCUGGGUUCCUUUUUCCUCUUCUCUGGCUAUUUCAUCUCCAAGGAUAGCAUGCCCAAGUACUGGCUCUUCAUGCACUUUUUCUCAAUGUAUAAAUACGCUCUUGAUGCGCUUCUUAUCAAUGAGUAUUCUUGCCUGGUAUCAAGGUGUUUUCUUUGGUACAAUGAAACCAGCACUUGCAUGGUAACAGGAGCUGAUGUAUUACAAAAGAAAGGACUCCAUGAGAGACAAAGAUGGACAAACAUCUACAUCUUAGUUGGGUUCUUUGUGUUCUAUCGUCUUCUAUGUUUGCUAGUUUUGAUUAGAAGGGUUUCAAGAUCAAAGAAAUGAAGAAAUUAAGCUUCAAUUGUCACAUUUUGAUUUUCUUUUUCUUUUUCUUUCCUUAUCUUGUUUGCUUUGCUAUGUCCCAAUCUUUCUUUCCCUUAAUUCUCAAAUCAUAGUCCCUGUAAUGGCUUGGCUGCUUAGAAUAAUUCAUUUGAUUUGUCAAAAAAGUACAAACUUCAAACUUAAA